CGCAAACUUUACAUGUCGAAAUUGGGGUUUCUUUCCAAGAGUCUGGAUCGUGUAGGAGGAUACUUGAGAAUUUAAGGAUGGAAAGCUUGUGAUGGUCCAGUUUGAACUAUGGAGAGCCGCCGGGGGGCGUGGAGAGGUUUUCAUGCUGGAGAGAAAUUUGGCCGCGAAUUGAACGUGGGAUGAGUUGUCUGCUAUUCGAAAACGUCAGUUGAACGUUCGUAUCGCAGCAUGGGAAGCUCAAUCGUUAGUGAGUGGAUUGUAACAGGGACUUGUGAACUGCAGCUUCCGUCGGUGCUGCUUGUGUGGAGGUGCGUUUCUUGAUGUCUGUGCGGGAAGAUAGUCUCAGGUUGAGAGUUGCGGUUUUUUUUAGCUCCUGGGAGACGAUAGGUUGCGUAUUUUUGCGCCUCAGCUGUUGUGAGCGUUGCCCGAGCCUAGGAUGACUGUUACGAACCCAAUGGUCGGAACCACAAAAUUGCAUCCUAUUUCACAUGGAAUCACGUUUCCUGCUUUUCCCAGGAGGCUCCUACUCGUGGCUUCCUCAGCGUGCUGUGUAGUCAAUUCGAUAAAGAGCAUGAAAAUCUUUUAAUGCUGGGUUUUUGCAAGAGGAGAUUAAUGUCUUAUCCCAGUAGUGCUACACACAAGAUCCUACUGAAUCCAGCUGAAUCCGCAUGACAAGAUCCAUUGCUUGGAAGACAUGACCAUUCGUUUCUGAAAUUAGUGCAACGUCAACGUUAAACUUUCCUAGAAAUGAAGAUGUCGAAUAUACCAACACCUUCUUAGGUCGAUCCUGUACCGGACGUCAUGGUAUUUCCGUUUCCUUCCAGGUUUUGGAUGUUGCUCAGAACACAUCUUGAUCAAAACAAAGAUACGGAGGCAUUUGGAGUCGCAUUGCGCUAUAUCUUGCAUUGAUUGACUCGUGUCUCUUUGUAAACCAUCAGAGCUCCCACUGAGAACGUCAGCAUCUUUCUGCAGGAUUCGUUCACAACGACGAGUUUGUAACUCAUUGUUGUGGAUCAAUCUUCUAGGUCAUGACGUUCUGUCUCCGAAGGUCGUGAGAAACUGGAGGUCUUCGGUGCUAAGAGUUGCUUUCGAGUCCAUGAGCUAGAGAAUUUCAUUAACUUCUGAAUCGUGAUGAAGAGAAGCUACAAUCUGAAAUUUACUUGAAAUACAAAUCUCUCAAAUAGGGGAGUGUCAUAUUGGUGCCACCGAAGCAUGAUAGGCGAGGCAUAAUAACACGUCCAUUAACCUAAUCACUCUCAAAGCCUAAACAUGUUUCCAAGGUGGAUUCGGCGAGGUGAAUCCGAUUUGGUAACUGCACGGAACAAAACUCAUGGAAAGGAUUCAGAAAUUCCAAGUGCCUGUUUUGGAAAAACAAUGCUGCAAGUACUAUUGGUAGUAUUCUGGGGACUUUUAGUCCUGCAUCUGGUCUCGUUAACGUCCACUCUCUCCAUUCGACAGCUGGUUGUGUCCUCUUCACUUGCCGUUCGAGGAAUAACUGCAGACGAAGUUGACAAUAUCCAACCUCAGACAAAUGAGGCAGUUGGAGGUCUAACCGAAGACUUGGUACCACCGAGGGAGGCAGAUAAAACAUUAGGAGGUUUAACUGAAGAAUUUGUAGCGCAGGGGGAGGCAGACAAUACUUUGGGAGGUUUAUUACUUUCACCCGAGCUUUUCGAGGACAGUCGGUGCAUUAGUAGAUCGCGAGAAUACCAGCUUCGGAAACCGUCGACUUUCAAGCCUUCACCAUACCUUAUUUCAAAGCUUCGUGAUUAUGAGCGUCGUCACCUCAAGUGUGCUCACGAGGCUAAAAAAUUUAGUCCCCAAACGAAUGCCACUGAGCAGGAUUUUGGAGGAUGCCGCUUCAUAGUGUGGAUGGCGAUCAGCGGCCUUGGGAACCGUAUCAUGACCCUAACGUCCGCGUUUGUAUACGCGCUCCUGACGAACAGAGUGCUCAUCGUUGAUCGUGGUUUGGGCACCGAUGAGCUGUUUUGCGAACCCUUUCCAAGCACAUCGUGGCUGCUUCCCGAGUCUUUUCCGAACGAGUGGAUGAAUAACUUGGGCUCCAACUCUACGUCGAAAUUUGGAUUUCUGGCACGAAAUUUCACCUUCACGUCGUCUCACAAUGGAUACUCCUACAUCGACAUUAUGCACAGCUCCGACAAAGAUGACACUAAAUUCUUUUGUGCAAACUGCCCAUCCUAUCUAAGCAGCUUCCCAUGGCUGUUCAUGAGAUCCAACCAGUAUUUUCUGCCUGGUCUUCAUUUGGUACCUGAAUUUCACGACGAACUCGACAAGAUGUUUCCGGAGCGUCAGACAGUGUUUCAUCAUAUCGUCCGCUACCUGAUGCACCCAUCAGACGCCGUAUGGGGUUUAAUCUCGAGCUUUUAUGAGACACAUUUGGCCAACUCACAGCAUAAAGUAGGGUUGCAAAUCCGUGUCCUCAGCGACGAUCCCGCGUUGCUUGAAGUGUUCCCAGACUUGGUUCUGAAAUGUGCGCAAGAAAAAAAAUUGCUGCCGGACGUGGCGUUGAACACCAACAACUCAGCAGUCGGCAACCAAAUAUCUAACUCUGUCUCUGUAUUAGUUGCAUCCCUUCGUGUAGUUUUUUACAAUAGGAUCCGAGAGUUGUACCUCAAUCAUCCCACCACAGAUGGCCAACAAGUGGGCGUGUACACCGCAAGCCAUGAUGAGGUACAGUUCUUAAAUUUUCUGAGCCACGACAUGAAGGCCUUGGCCGACAUGUACCUUUUGUCGUUCAGUGACACUCUUGUCACAACGUCGUGGUCCACAUUCGGGUACGUCGCGCAAGGCAUCUCCGGAGUGAACCCUUGGAUCCUCACCAAGUUCGACACCACCGACACGGUCCCGGAGUACAUCAAAAACUAUGGUAUUUGCAACCGUGGUAUAUCAAUCGAUCCUUGUUUCCAUAACACUCCGCAAAUGGAUUGUGAGAACAGAGGUUGGACUACCGAUCCAGGUAAGAUGCUCCCUUACAUUCAACACUGCGAGGAUGUGCCGUGGGGCAUCAAAAUCAUGGAUCCGGCGACUGGUGGACAUUAGAGUACAGCAAAAACAGAAAAAAAUUGUACUUUGUACACACGUUGUCCAACAUUUUGUAUUUAUAUACUCACACAGGUAGAAUGCGAUUAUUUAGUACAUGCUAAUGCACUGAUUGGAAAAUCCUUCUGCGGCACAAGCGGUGCAAGGUUCGUGCGGUCCCUGUCGUGUCGGUAAUUGGCAUUUCCAAGACGCCAAAAUUCGCAAUGUAUUGACUUAGCUUUUUACUAACGAGAAUGAAUUAAUAGCAAACCCUCUGUAAGAAUACUAUUUACGACGCAGUAACAUCUGUCGAAUUACUUAACCAUGAUAAAAAUAAUUUUAUUAUAAUACAUUCUAUGAUUAUUUCCAUAAACUACGUGAUAAUAUAAACACUAUUUCAUUGAAAUAAAAGAAAAUAAGUAUGUGACCCUAA